AUGGCAUGCACGGCGGCAGAGCUGGCGAGGAGGAAGGCCCGGCUGGAGGACGGCGCUGGCAGCAGGUCCAACGUGGUUUCCUUCAAUCAGCAGAACUUUGAGCAGCUGCAGCUGGACUGUCUGCAGAACGGUUCUCUGUUCUGUGACCCGACGUUCCCGGCAGCCUGGGACUCUCUGGGAUACAACCAGCUGGGGCGCCACUCGUCCAGAACCGUCGGCGUGGAGUGGAAACGGCCCACGGAGCUGUGGUCCAAUCCUCAGUUCAUCAUUGAUGGAGCGAAAAGAACCGACAUCUGUCAAGGAGAACUGGGUGACUGCUGGCUGCUGGCGGCCAUCGCCUCUCUGACGCUGGACCCUCAGAUCCUGAACAGGGUGGUUCCUCCCGGCCAGAGCUUCGCCUCGCAGUACGCCGGCAUCUUCCACUUCCAGCUGUGGCAGUUCGGCGAGUGGCUGGACGUGGUGGUGGACGACCGGCUGCCCACCAGAGACGGGAAGCUGAUGUUUGUCCACUCGGCGGAGGGAGGAGAGUUCUGGAGCGCCCUGCUGGAGAAGGCCUACGCCAAGCUGAACGGCUCCUACGAAGCUCUGAGCGGCGGUUCCAGCAUCGAGGGCUUCGAGGAUUUCACCGGCGGCAUCGCAGAGAGCUACGACCUGCAGGAGGCGCCGCCGUUCCUGUUCAACAUCAUGAGGAAAGCUCUGAGGCUCGGCUCGCUGCUCGGCUGCUCCAUCGAC